CGGUUGCCGUGGUCCCGUCAAACUGCUGCUGCUGCCGCUGCUCCCUGGUGGUGGUCCCGACCCGUAGGCACCGAAACUUGGAACAAUUUUCUUCCAACAGCAACACUUUUCCUCUUCGACUUGGCGCACGCGUGUGUCGAAGGGUUCCAGUGCCAAUUUCACAUGAAUUUUCCCACCAGGAAAAUAUGGUAGAGAUUAGCGACCGAAUCUAAAAACGACCUUAACUACUAAAUAAAACAGGAGCAGUUCUUUUUUUGUGAUAUCGACCGUGCCGCGUCUGCCGUUGUGAAUCUAGUGAAAGUUAAGUGCGGCCAGGAGUGCACAAGCAAACACAAGUGUAAUCUUUACUCUGUGUGUGAUAGAAAGUGUUAAAAAGAAAGGGGGAAAAGUGCAACACUUCCCAGUGUGAGGUGAAAAUUUGUGAUUGGUCCGAGCGGAAAAGACUUACGGUGUAAAGUCUCUGUAGUGCAGUCCCGCCGGAGCUGAUCGGUUGAUCCGCGUGCCAUCUGCCAUCCAAGCUGGCAGCGAAUAUUAGCUGCUAGUCGAAUCGCUCGACAUCGGCCCUGCUCGUAGGGCUGUGCGGUCAGGGCCACCAUCACAAUGGGGACCCGAAUAAAAUGGUUGAUCACUACCUCGUUGAUAGUCUGGUAUGGACAGCACGCGUAUGCGCAAUUGUGGCCCAGAGGUGAUGGAAUCUUCAAGCGACAGGAACCGGACUAUCCACGCAACAUGCAGCCACAGAUCGACCCGAGUUACAACAUUAUCGACACCGCCAGCGGACCGCAGGGACCACCGUCCAAGAACUGUACCUCGGGCGGCUGCUGUUUGCCGAAAUGUUUCGCCGAAAAGGGUAACCGCGGAUUUCCGGGUCCGCAGGGUUUGAAGGGCGUCAAGGGUGUGCGCGGUUUUCCUGGCACGGAAGGGUUGCCGGGUGACAAAGGUACCAAGGGUGAACCGGGUCCGGUAGGUAUGCAGGGCCCGAAAGGUGAUCGAGGCCGUGACGGUCUGCCCGGAUAUCCCGGUAUUCCUGGAACAAACGGUGUGCCUGGAUUGUCGGGCGCACCCGGUCUCCCUGGGCGUGACGGUUGCAACGGAACGGAUGGUCUGCCAGGUUUGUCCGGGUUGCCAGGAAAUCCUGGUCCACGCGGUUAUCCCGGUAUCGCCGGAUCGAAGGGUGAAAAGGGUGAACCGGCACGCCAUCCGGAGAACUACAACAAGGGCCAGAAGGGUGAGCCCGGUAACGAUGGACUGGAGGGUCUGCCUGGCCCGCAGGGUGUGGAAGGACCGCGCGGUUACGCUGGACGACCCGGCGAGAAGGGUUUGCCGGGAAUGCCGGGAGCACGAGGCGAACGAGGCGACAAGGGUGUAUGCAUUAAGGGCCUGAAGGGUCAGAAGGGUGCGAAGGGCGAGGAGGUGUAUGGAUCGACGGGCACGACAACGACCAUGGGACCGGAGGGCGCUAAAGGUGAUCGUGGCGAACCGGGCGAACCAGGACGGCCAGGCGAAAAGGGACAGGCUGGUGAUCGGGGACAGUUCGGUGAGCGGGGACACAAGGGCGAGAAGGGAUUGCCUGGACAGCCGGGCCCUAGGGGGCGUGAUGGUAAUUUUGGACCGGUAGGCCUACCCGGACAGAAGGGUGACCGAGGAUCGGAAGGAUUGCACGGAUUGAAGGGUCAAAGUGGACCGAAGGGUGAGCCUGGACGUGAUGGUACUCCCGGUCAGCCCGGUAUCUCGGGACCACCCGGAGCACCCGGUGGUGGUGAAGGACGCCCCGGUGCACCUGGUCCGAAGGGACCGCGAGGCUACGAAGGACCGCAGGGCCCGAAAGGUAUGGAUGGAUUCGAUGGCGAAAAGGGCGAACGUGGACAGAUGGGUCCGAAGGGAGGCCAGGGAGUUCCGGGCCGCCCAGGCCCAGAAGGUAUGCCUGGUGACAAGGGUGACAAGGGAGAAUCCGGUGCCGUUGGAUUGCCGGGUCCGCAGGGACCUCGCGGAUACCCUGGACAGCCCGGCCCCGAAGGCCUGCGUGGUGAACCAGGACAACCGGGAUAUGGUAUUCCCGGACAGAAGGGAAAUGCCGGUAUGGCUGGUUUCCCCGGUUUGAAGGGACAGAAAGGUGAGCGUGGCUUCAAGGGUGUGAUGGGAACGCCUGGUGACGCUAAGGAAGGCCGACCGGGUGCUCCGGGACUGCCGGGACGUGACGGCGAAAAGGGUGAACCGGGUCGUCCGGGUCUCAGCGGCACGAAGGGUGAACGCGGUAUGAAGGGAGAAAUUGGUGGACGCUGUACAGACUGCCGGCCAGGCAUGAAGGGCGACAAGGGUGAGCGAGGAUACGCCGGUGAACCGGGACGACCGGGAGCGAGCGGUGUUCCUGGCGAACGAGGCUACCCGGGCAUGCCAGGAGAGGACGGUACGCCAGGACUGCGCGGUGAGCCUGGACCGAAGGGCGAACCGGGACUGUUGGGUCCUCCGGGACCGUCGGGAGAGCCGGGUCGCGAUGCAGAAAUUCCAAUGGAUCAGCUGAAACCCAUCAAGGGCGACAAGGGCGAACCGGGCGAGAAGGGUCUGGUGGGCAUUAAGGGCGAGAAGGGCUUCCCGGGACUGGUCGGACCGGAAGGAAAGAUGGGCGUGCGCGGUAUGAAGGGUGACAAGGGACGGCAGGGCGAGGCAGGUCUUGAUGGUGCGCCGGGCGCACCGGGUAAGGACGGACUGGCAGGACGCGAUGGAGUUACGAUCAAAGGUGAACCGGGUCUGAAGGGUAACGUGGGCUACACGGGCGAUAAGGGCGACAAGGGUUACUCCGGACUGAAGGGUGAACCGGGCAAAUGUGCUAGCAUCCCACCGAACCUGGAGGAAGCUAUCCGUGGUCCGCAGGGUCUGCAAGGCGAGAAGGGCGCUCCGGGUAUUCAGGGCAUUCGAGGCGAUAAGGGUGAGAUGGGCGAACAGGGACGCACGGGAGCGCAGGGUAAUGCGGGACCUCCGGGCGCACCGGGACCGGUAGGACCUCGCGGUUUGACUGGACACCGAGGUGAGAAAGGUAACUCCGGUCCGGUCGGACCUCCGGGUGCUCCGGGACGAGAUGGAAUGCCUGGUGCGCCGGGACUGCCAGGAUCGAAGGGCGUUAAGGGUGAUCCGGGUCUGUCGAUGGUGGGUCCACCCGGCCCGAAAGGUAAUCCUGGACUGCGAGGACCGAAGGGCGAACGUGGAGGUAUGGGCGAUCGCGGUGAUCCGGGUUUGCCCGGUUCGCUUGGCUAUCCGGGUGAGAAGGGUGACCUAGGAACGCCCGGUCCCCCUGGCUAUCCGGGUGAUGUUGGACCGAAGGGUGAGCCGGGUCCGAAGGGACCCGCUGGCCACCCGGGAGCACCAGGACGCCCAGGUGUGGACGGUGUCAAGGGUUUGCCCGGUUUGAAGGGUGACAUCGGUGCGCCGGGUGUUAUUGGACUGCCCGGCCAGAAGGGUGACAUGGGACAGGCGGGUAACGAUGGUCUUAAAGGUUUCCAGGGUCGCAAGGGUAUGAUGGGUGCGCCAGGCAUUCAAGGUGUCCGCGGACCGCAGGGAGUGAAGGGCGAACCAGGAGAGAAGGGAGACCGAGGCGAGAUCGGUGUGAAGGGUUUGAUGGGACAAUCGGGACCGCCAGGAAUGAUUGGACUGAAGGGAGACAAGGGUUUGGCUGGAUUGCCGGGACCGUCCUGCUUGCCUGGAAUGUCGGGCGAAAAGGGUGACAAAGGAUACACCGGACCGGAAGGCCCACCGGGUGAACCGGGCGCAGCAUCCGAGAAGGGACAGAAGGGCGAACCGGGCGUACCUGGACUUCGGGGUAACGAUGGAAUUCCUGGACUGGAAGGUCCGUCCGGACCGAAGGGUGAUGCUGGUGUGCCUGGUUACGGUCGACCAGGACCGCAGGGCGAGAAGGGUGACAUUGGUCUGACGGGCGUAAACGGACUACCAGGAUUGAAUGGCGUGAAAGGUGACAUGGGCGUCCCAGGAUUCCCGGGCGUUAAGGGAGACAAGGGUACUACCGGUUUGCCCGGUAUUCCCGGACCUCCGUGCGUGGAUGGGCUACCGGGCGCUGCGGGGCCAGUUGGCCCGCGCGGUUACGACGGCGAAAAGGGUUUCAAGGGCGAACCGGGACGUAUCGGUGAGCGAGGCCUCAUGGGCGAGAAGGGUGAUAUGGGCCUGACGGGACCAGUCGGUCUUAGUGGACGCAAGGGUGACCGCGGUGUACCUGGUUCACCGGGUCUGCCCGCUACCGUUACUGCCAUCAAGGGAGACAAGGGAGAACCUGGCUUCCCGGGCGCCAUCGGUCGCCCAGGCAAGGUUGGUGUACCGGGUCUUCCGGGAGAGGCGGGAGCAAAGGGCGAGAUGGGCAUCCAAGGUCUACCGGGUCUACCAGGUCCGGCAGGAUUGAACGGACUUCCAGGCAUGAAGGGUGAUAUGGGACCGCUGGGCGAGAAAGGUGACGCCUGCCCCGUUGUGAAGGGCGAAAAGGGUCUCCCGGGUCGACCAGGAAAGACGGGCCGUGAUGGACCACCGGGCCUGACGGGAGAGAAGGGUGAACGGGGACUUGCCGGUCUGGAAGGACCGCCGGGACCUCCCGGACCUCCAGGACCGCUUGGACGCCAGGGCGAGAAGGGUGAUCGUGGUGAUUCCGGUUUGAUGGGACGCCCGGGUAAUGACGGACUGCCGGGACCGCAAGGCCAGCGAGGCCUCCCAGGACCGCAGGGCGAAAAGGGUGACCAGGGACCGCCCGGAUUCAUUGGACCGAAGGGUGACAAGGGUGAGCGGGGCCGGGACGGAUUGAACGGUUUGAAUGGACCGCAGGGCAUGAAGGGUGACCGGGGUAUGCCCGGACUAGAAGGUGUCGCCGGUCUGCCCGGUAUGGUUGGUGAGAAGGGUGACCGUGGACUGCCGGGUAUGUCCGGUCUGAACGGUGCACCGGGUGAGAAGGGUCAGAAGGGAGAAACACCUCAGCUUCCACCCCAGCGCAAGGGACCACCCGGUCCUCCUGGUUUUAACGGACCGAAGGGUGACAAGGGUUUGCCAGGCUUGGCAGGACCGGCCGGUAUUCCUGGCGCACCAGGCGCACCCGGCGAGAUGGGGCUGCGAGGAUUCGAAGGUGCGCGCGGAUUGCAGGGUCUUCGGGGAGAUGUUGGCCCCGAAGGCCGACCGGGACGCGAUGGUGCUCCGGGUCUGCCGGGACCGAAGGGUGAACCGGGUCGAGACUGUGAAGCGGCACCGUACUACACCGGUAUUCUGCUCGUACGGCACAGCCAAUCGGAUGAAGUACCUGUGUGCGAACCGGGCCAUCUGAAGCUGUGGGACGGUUACUCGCUACUGUACGUGGAUGGCAAUGAUUACCCCCACAACCAGGACCUCGGAUCGGCCGGGUCUUGCGUGCGGAAAUUCUCCACGCUACCGAUCCUCGCGUGCGGCCAAAACAACGUCUGCAACUAUGCGUCGCGCAACGAUCGAACGUUCUGGCUGUCAACGUCGGCUCCGAUUCCGAUGAUGCCAGUCACGGAGAACGAGAUGCGACCGUACAUCUCGCGCUGUACGGUGUGCGAGGCGCCAACAAACGUGAUCGCCGUCCACAGCCAAACGCUUCAUAUUCCCGAGUGUCCGAAUGGAUGGGAUGGGCUAUGGAUUGGUUACAGUUUCCUUAUGCACACUGCCGUCGGCCAUGGUGGUGGAGGUCAGUCACUGUCCGGACCGGGAUCGUGCUUGGAAGACUUCCGUGCCACACCGUUCAUCGAGUGUAACGGAGGCAAGGGUCACUGCCAUUACUACGAAACCCAAACCUCCUUCUGGCUGGUGUCGCUCGAGGAUCACCAGCAGUUCCAGCGACCGGAGCAACAAACGCUCAAGGCUGGCAACCUGCUCAGCCGAGUAUCUCGGUGCCAAGUGUGCAUCCGCCAUUGAGCAUCAUUUUAGGUUACAUUCGGUCGCCUUUUUUUACCUCCCCCUUCCUCUCGCUCUCUAUACCUUGUUUUGUUUUUUUUUUUUGUCCCAACAUCCGGUCACAGCACGUGUGCAUCAUCGGAUGUUUCAAUAGCAUGGGGGUUCAGUGCCUUUUCCUUUUUGCCACAUAUUACUCCCCUUUGACGUUCGUUAAACCAUAGUACCAUACCUGCAAGAGACCACAAGAGACGGACCGACAUAGUAGGACUAUUUCACACAGCACUAUCGUUCGCUGGAUUCGCCCGGGGGGCCGAGCCGAAGUGUACCGACGUACGCCUUUAAAUUAUUUUCAACGGAACAACGAACCGCACUCCUUGUGUUCAGUUACUACCAAAAAAAGAAGGCUCCGUUGUGCAUUUAGCUAAACAGUUGGACACGACACCAAAUAUCGAAGUAAGGUGGUAGAGGGUCAGUGCAGUAUAGAGACAGGCCAGGCAUAAGGGCGACAGGCCAGCCACAAAAUGGUCCACUAGCGAUUAAUCAUCCUACUUUCUUCGAGCAAUAACUGUUCUUAACGCGUGUUCACUAGCAGCUGUUGGAAAAGGACGGCUAAACAAAAAAACAAUCGUUUUUCUUAUAAACUUCCCAACAGCUUCACCCCCUUUUUAAAUGUGUUCUUUGAAAGCUACGACCGUUUGUUUGCUCUCGGUAGAAUGAAAUAUAAGUUCCCUCAAUGUUCCAAUCCAAUGUGAUUCAGACGAGUAGCGAUGGAUGGAUAACGCCAAAACUGCCAACCUUCCUGUGGUGCGCGAAUCGAAUUUCGAGAAGACGAGACGACGCUUUCCCAUCCAAUCCCGCCAGUGUGGGCAGUGUAGAGUGAGUGAGGUUCAGUAAAUAAGUUCUAAAGUGCCAUGUAAUUAGAAACCGCUUACCAUUGAGCCCGGCAGGUAUUUGUGUAAUAGUAGCUUUUGCCUACGCGUACUAACCGAAAUGUGUCUCCACAUGACUAGGAGCAGCAGGAGAUAAACCUGUUCCACGUCCUUUCAAUCUUUUUUUUUGUUUAAUGUAACGAUCCGACAGCCCAUUACGGAAAACACACCGAUGCAAAACAGAAGGAUCGCCGAAACAAAGCUGAACUCUCCCUUCCUACCGGUUCGAUUAGUUUGUUUUAAUUUUAAUCGCGCAAUAAAUGUAACAUAACAGAAACGAUAAUGAAAGGUGAAAUAAACGUUCUUACCAAUAGA